AUGUCGUUCGUCAAGAGGUUUGUGCACAAUGAUGCAAUUAAACUGGAUCCUCCGGAGAUCUACAAUUGGAGAGUAUUCUCCCUUGCUGCUGCCGCCUGUUUCGGAGGCACAUUAUUCGGAAUGGACAUAGGCAUCAUUGGAGGUGUACUCACGUUACCAGACUUCAAAAACGAAUUUGGUCUUACAGGCUUGAGUAAAAAGGAUGCUUCAAACCUUUCUGCGAACCUCGUUUCAGUCAUGCAAGCUGGGGCCAUUCUUGGAGCCCUCGUUGCGAAUCCAAUGGCGGACAGAUUCGGGAGGAAACCUAGCAUUAUGGUCGUCGCAAUCUUUGCCUUUAUCGGAGGCUUGCUUCAGGCGCUGUCCUAUGGUAGCUUGGUCUGCUUUUAUAUCGGUCGGUUUGUUGAAGGUCUAGGUCUCGGUGGCGCCACUAUGAUCGCACCUACCUAUGUUGCCGAAAAUGCUCCCCGCGGAAUUCGGGGACUUCUGGUCGGCUUUUAUCAGUUGUUCGAAACCAUGGGCGCGAUGAUUGCUUUCUUCAUCAAUUAUGGAUCCCUGCUGCAUUUCAAGGGUAAAGCAACAUGGAUGGUGCCUCUCUCCAUGCAAUCUUUGCCGCCUCUACUGUUGUUCAUCUCAAUAUUCUUCCGCCCAGAGUCUCCACGCUGGCUCGCCUCAAGAGACAAUUGGGACAAAGCUUCACAGGUUCUUUCUAGCGUACGACAAUUGCCAGCGACACAUCCAUAUCUUCAAGCAGAGCUUCUUGAAAUGCAGACAACCUUGGAAGCCGAAAGAGACCGUUCGGGUGGAAACGGUUACUGGGCUCUCACAAAAGAGGCAUGGACGAUCCCUGGCAACCGCCGGCGGUCACUGAUGGUAAUUGGGUUAAUGACGGCUCAGCAAUGGACAGGUACCAAUGCUAUCAAUUAUUAUGCCCCGACUAUUUUCACUGCUUUGGGGGUGACAGGGACAACAAACUCUCUUUUUGCCACAGGCGUGUAUGGCAUUGUCAAGAUGGCGUCCUGUGCUAUCUUCAUCACGUUCCUUGCCGACACAUUGGGCCGACGACUCUCAUUGGUGUGGACUGGCCUUUUCAUGUGGUUCUGCAUGUUUUACCUUGGGUUUUAUGUCCGAUUUGAUCCGCCAAAGACUGGGGAGCCAAUCAGCAGCGCAGGUACUGCAGCCUUGGUCAUGGUCUAUCUUUUUGCGGCUGCAUUCCAAUUCGGAUGGGGCCCUGUUUGCUGGAUCUACUCUAGUGAGAUCUCUAGCCAACGACUUCGAGGAUUGACCGUAUCCUAUGCAGCGGCAACCCAGUGGGUAUUCAAUCUUGCAGUCGCGAGAGCCACGCCGGUCAUGCUGAACACAGUAGGAGCCAAUGGAUAUGGCACUUACUUCAUCUAUGGUUGCUUCUGCUUUGUAGUAGGGGUUGGUGCGUUUUUCCUGGUACCAGAAACUAAAGGGCUGACCCUGGAACGAAUGGACGAAUUGUUUGGAGUAACUGACCUCUCAGGGGUGGAAGAUGUAGGUAAGGCUGCCACUCAUAGCAAGCUAGACAUUGAAGCUGUGCAUGAAGAGGGUCAGCCGAUCCAUCUUCAGGAUAAGUGA